AUGGAACUCUUCCUGAUCCUCGUUUGCCUGGUCGCGCCACCCGCCCUCUCGCUCUCCAUCAAGAGCAAGCUCAACCCACGGAUCGUCCAGACGCGCUACGGCGAGGUACAGGGCAUCACGAGGUCUUUCGAGUAUACCAAAUUCCUCAAGCCGAUUGACGUAUAUCUCGGAAUACCCUACGCCACACCACCUGUCGGUAGUAAUCGUUUUUCCCCAACGAGAGCACCGAGUCCUUGGGAAGGAGUCAGAUUAUCGGACUCGGUGGGUCCAGUCUGCCCCCAAAAGCUGCCGGACAUCGCAAACGAACAGGAAGCGCUCGAGCGAAUGCCUAAGGGUAGACUAGAGUAUCUGAAGAGACUGUUGCCUCAUCUGCGUAAUCAGAGCGAGGACUGCCUCUAUCUGAACAUCUACGCGCCUGCAAUGGGCAUGGCGGAGGGCGGCAGGAAGCAUCCGGUGUUGCUGUACAUUCACGGUGAGAGCUAUGACUGGGGCAGCGGAAACCCCUACGAUGGUAGCGUCCUAGCCAGCUACACCGACCAAGUGAUCGUCACCAUGAACUACCGGUUGGGCGUGCUCGGCUUCCUGAACGCCAACGUGGCGCCGCAGACUAAGGCAAGGGUUGCAAAUUAUGGCCUCAUGGACCAAAUCGCUGCCCUGCAUUGGGUUAAGGAGCACAUCGCACGUUUCGGGGGUGAUCCCGAAAAUGUCACUCUUAUGGGCCAGGGUACCGGAGCCGCAUGCGUGCAUUUUCUUGCCAUUAGCCCCACCGUUAUUCGAGGAUUAUUCAAGCGAGCUAUACUUCUGUCAGGCAGCGCCCUUUCAUCCUGGGCCGUGGUGGAAGAUCCUGUAUCUUAUGCUCUGAAAUUAGCCAAGGCUGUCAACUGUUCCAUUCCCGAUGAUCUUCUUAAAGAUAAUGAGCUUAUAGUCGAUUGUUUGAGGGAAAGUAGUCUAGAAGAACUGAUGCAAGUCGACAUUCAGCCUCCAACGUUUCUCAGUGCAUUUGGUCCAAGUGUCGAUGGCGUCGUCAUCAAGCCAGACUUUCAAAAGGAUCUUCUUUCUUACCUCGGUCCUGAAUUUCAAGGAUUCGCCCCUCUCCCAAAGAAAGCUGAACACGGCGCACCAAUUACGAGCAACAAUAAAUAUGAUUUAUUAUUCGGCGUGACAACAAGUGAGGCUUUAUGGAAGUUUGCGGAAAAAGAUGUUCUACAAGGAUUUGAAGGAGAAAGAAGAGACAGAAUCAUCCGUACAUAUGUGAGAAAUGCAUACGUCUAUCAUCUCACAGAAAUAUUUUAUACAGUAGUGAAUGAAUAUACUGACUGGGAGCGAACAGUUCAGCACCCCGUCAAUACAAAAGAUGCGUGUGUGCAGGCAUUGAGCGAUGCACAAUUCGUGGCGCCGCUUGUACAAACCGGAGAUCUCUUCACCUUGAGACACACUAAGAAACCAAACAAUCCUCAUAUUGCACCGAUUCUCGAUAGCGAGGAAGAACCCAUGCCUAAGACUUACUUUUAUGUGUUCGACUAUCAAAUGAAAGACGGCGAUUAUCCUCAGAAGAUGGGCUCGGUGCACGGCGAAGAGCUUCCAUUCGUCUUCGGAGCUCCAUUGUGGGUGGAGGGAUUUGGCCAUUUUCCGAAAAACUACACGAGACUGGAAAUGGCACUCUCGGAGAGUAUCAUGCAGUAUUUUGCGAACUUUGUGAAAACUGGAAAUCCGAACAUUAUCGACCAUCAUGGGAGAAACGAGACUCUUUUGCCAGCUAGUAGAGAAAAGAGUCGAUUUCGCAGUUUGUCCUGGGAACAAUACGAUCCAGUACAUCAAAAAUAUUUAGAAAUUGGAAUGAAACCGAAAAUGAAGAAUCAUUAUAGAGCGCAUCAGCUGUCGGUCUGGCUGCGUCUCGUCCCAGAACUUCAUCGUGCUGGAAUGGAGGAUGUCGAUUCCAGACACAACUUGUUCCGUGGCCAUAGCGACCCCAGUCUAUACGACGGCUUCGUGAGACCGGAUCCUCUGAGUAGGAUCAGUGAAGAAAUCAAGAGAAAAAACCUUAGCACGGAUCCACCAACCACGACGGAUUAUAGCAUUACGACAUGCGUCAGCCUUAUUCCGGGCACCAAUCUUCAAAACGUCCAUAAUGCCAGCACUGAUACUUUAGCUAGUUUAGACGCUGCUGGUUACGCAGCGUAUUCAACAGCUUUGAGCGUGACAAUCGCGAUCGGCUGCAGCCUGCUGAUCUUAAAUGUCCUGAUAUUUGCUGGUGUUUAUUAUCAAAGAGACAAAACGCGGCUUGAAGUGAAGAGCCUUCAGCAGCAACAAAUGUUGAAUCAACAAUGUGGUCCUCGUGGUUUCACCGAAUUGAAACAGCCACCACCUCCGCAUUCUCAUUAUGCAGGUAGCGGCCAAGUGAUCGUCGAUGUCGAAAAUGAAAUGUUAAGAAGGAAUGUAAUGAAAGGUCCUCCUAACGAUUCUAGCGUUCCUUUUCAAGGCCAAGGAACUCAUACACUGCCUCAUCAACAUCAUUAUCAAAAACAGCACCAACAGCAACAUGCUACUCUUCCUCGAACUUCAAUUAUUCAAGACAUAAAUACGCAAACUCAAGGUCCUCCAAAUGGAUCCAUCCAUUUGACGGUUCCACGGGCUCCUCCGCCGCCCAGGGCGAAGAGUCCGCCAGAGAACCAACCUCUUCUACAAAGCGCGACGGUUUCUAGUCGCGUAUCGCAAGCGACGAUGAGCGAAAUGCGAGUGUGAUGCUUGGACCCCCCUCCGAAGCCAGUCGUCCCAGAUGUCCUCACGGCGUCAACCUUGCUCUAGGCAGUUCGCCGCGGACCUGUUGAAGUAGUUUGGCAUAACUACUGACAUUUCGACGGGUCAACGCAGGAUGUCCCAGGGAACGUGAGCUCCGGACGAACGGAGGGGGGUGCUGGAGAGAGGAUCCUCACAGCUGAGGGAUGAUCGAGCAGACAU